AUGGACUACCUCCGCGCCGUGCAGAAACGACUCCCCUCCACCGAGCAAAUGCCGACACUAAAAGCACUACAAAACCUCUCCCUCAAAGACGCAACCGCCCAAGUGCCCCAAAGAUUAUCCUUCUUCCGGAAACGGAUCCGCAUAAGAGGCAACAGCAAAGUCAGCGUCCCCCUAUACCUCGUCCUCCUCUUUCCCGUCUUGGUAUUACUCUUAAUACUCCUCCUCUUCGUGCGACAUCCCAACAACCCUGCUGGACGAUUAAUACCCGCGGGAGCACCACCGAGUAUCCGCAAGAUCAGCGAGAAGCAUGAUAAAGUCUUCGUGACGGGAUGUCUAGACCCGAAUGUACAAAAAGAUGCGCCCCGGGCGAACGCGGCGUUUGUGGUGCUGGCGAGGAACAAAGAGUUGGACGGGGUGUUGGAGAGCAUUAAGAGCGUGGAGCGGCAUUUCAAUCGCUGGUUCAACUACCCCUACGUCUUCCUCAACGACGGCGAAUUCAACAGCACCUUCAAAGAGACCAUCCUCAACCACACCUCGGGAACCGUAGAGUUCGGCCGCAUAGGCCCCGAGCACUGGGGCUACCCCGAAUGGACCGACAUGAACGUAGCCAAAGAAGGCAUCCGCAAGCAAGGCGACGCGGCCAUCAUGUACGGCGGCAUGGAGUCUUACCACCACAUGUGCCGCUUCUACUCCGGCUUCUUCUACAAGCACGAACUGCUGCAGAAAUACGAAUGGUACUGGCGCGUGGAACCCGAAAUCAAAUACUUCUGCGACAUCACCUACGACCCCUUCCUCCACAUGGCCCGCUCGAACAAAACCUACGGCUUCACCAUUGCGGUGAAGGAGCUGAAGGAGACGGUGCCGAAUAUCUUCCGCUACGCCAGCGCCUUCAAACGCACACACAACCUCACCUCCCAGGGCCUCUGGGAAAUGUUCGUCGAGCCCAAAGAAGGGUUCAAUCAAGACGGGACGGCGAAAAAGGAUGCGAAACUCGAGGAUCUUCCUAAAGAUGACCCCAAGUAUGCGGAUCGACAGAAGCCUUUGCCGGAGGAUAUUUUGCGGACGGAACCGGGGGCGGGCACGAUCCCGGAGAUUGAUCCCGAGGCGAUGGAGGGGGAGGUGUAUAAUAUGUGUCAUUUCUGGUCGAAUUUCGAGAUUGCCCGGUUGGAUUUCUUUCGCAGUCGGUUGUAUGAGGAGUUUUUCGAGAUGAUGGAUCGGAGUGGGGGGUUUUGGAUGGAGCGGUGGGGCGAUGCACCCAUCCACUCCCUCGCCGCCGGCGCCCUCUUAUCCCCGGCGGAUAUCCACUACUUCCGCGACUUCGGCUACCGCCACACCACCAUCCAACACUGCCCCGCCAACGCCCCGGCCCGUCAAUUGCCACGGGAACCUUACUUGGAGCAGACUACUCUCCAUUCUUUCAAGGAUCGGGGUGCCGGGGAGAAGGCUAUGAGGGAGGAGGAUGAGUAUUGGGCUAAAUGGGAUGGGGAGAAGGAGAAUGGAGUGGGUUGUCGGUGUAGGUGUGAUACGGAUGUGGUGGAUGUGGAGGGGAAGGAGGGGAGUUGUAUUCCCGAGUGGGUGGAGAUUGCGGGGGGGUUUGUUACGCCUAAGGGGCGGGAGUAG